AACCCACAAAACAAUCACAGAAAACCAGACCCAAAUCAAAAAUGGGUAAAAAAAAUCUGAAAGAGAACCCUCCUAGCCCCACUUCCCCUUCUGUUAAAAGAAAAACCAUUGCUGGACCUUCGAAGAACACUCGAGGAAAAAGACCUCGAACUGUUGUUGAAAAUUCAGACUCAGAUUUUGAGUUGGAUUCUGAAUUUCUUAAGUCGCCUGUUUCUGUUAAGGUAUUUUACUAUUUAUCUGUUGUUGUUUUUGAGGUUUUUUGUUUUUUUGUUAAAUUCGAUAUUUGAAGUUCAUAUAUCUGGGUAUUUGUUUGUUUUUGUUUAUGUAUUUGUAAUUGUUUUAUAUAUCUUGUUCGAUUUAUUUAUGUGUUUUUGUUAAUUUUUUAUUUGUUGUUUUGUUGGUGUUGUUAUUUUUUAUUUUAGGGCAAGGGUAAAUCCCCUGUGAAGGUGUUGCCAUCAUCAGGUGUUUCUGAAGAAAUUCCUGUUAAUAGGAUUGUUGAGGUUUGUCAUGUUAUGCAUUCUGUUCUAUGUUUUUUUGUUGUUUUUUUGUUGUUGUUAUUUUCGUAGUGUUUUUUGGUGUUUUAUCAGUGUUUUCAUUGUUCUGUUUUUUAGGAUUGGGAAUGCAAGUACACUCGAUCUCAAUUUUAUCAUUCUAGAGUAGUAACAUCUGGUUAUUACUCUGUACUUGGUGACAUUAAGAGAAUUUUAACUGAAAGCCAAUUGGAAAUUUUUUCAAAAUCUGUGUUUGGUUAUUUUCUUCGAAUUCCUGAGUACAUAAUUCAUUACCAAUUGCUUCAUUGUUUGCUGUUGAGGGAGGUUCAGCAGCCUAAUGGGUUGGAGUUUUGGGUUUGUGUCCAAGGGAAAUACCUUAGGUUUAGUAUCGAAGAGUUUGCGUUGGUCACGGGGUUAGAUUGUCAUGUUGAUUCUGAUUUUUAUCAGUUUAAGCAAGAUGAUAAUGAAUUGGUCAAAUCUUGUUUUAAGGGGUACAAAAAAAUUACCAAGGGUGCUAUUCAGACUGCUUUUAUUGCUGACAAUCUUAAGGAUAACGACGAUCUUGCAGUCAAGUUGGCUGUAUUGUAUUUUGUGCAGUGUUAUUUGUUAGGUGGUCCCCCUGGUAAAGUUGUUUCGUCUGAGGAAAUAGAUGUUGUGGAUAGUGGUCGAUAUAAUGAAUUUGGGUGGGGCAAGCAUUGUUUUGAUAUCACUAUGCAUUCUUUGAAGGGUAAGAUAGAUUCUGGUUAUAAGAGGGUAGUUCGUAGUGACGAGGAUGGUGGGUAUUACAGGUUAUUGGGUUUUCCUUUGGCUAUUCAAUUCUGGUUUUUCGAGUGUUGCCCGUAUGUUAUUGGGAAACUAUCCUUGUACUCAAAUGUUGGCAUUCCAAGGAUUUUGAAUUGGCCUAAAUUACCCAAGGACAAGGAGGGUAUGGUGAAAAUGGAUGUCAUGAACACCCUCAUUUUCGAUCGGUCUUUGAAAGAGUUAAAAUUAAGAAACCUCACUCCAACUUCCGUUGAGAGAUUGAGUUUGAGCCUCACUGAUUUUUUCUCUGGUGAGACUACUCCCGAGGCUGUGAAAUUCAAAAUUAAAGGUGGUUCCAAGCCUGCUGGUCAACCUGGCUUGAUGGGUUCUUCUUCAUCAACUGCUCAUGAGAAUGUCUCCCGAGUUGAGUUUGAGGAAUUUAAAAAGUGUUUAUCUGUUGUUGUCAGCCAGCAAGGGAUUCUUAUGAAAUCUGUUGCUGAGAUGAACAAGAAGCUGGACAUUCUUAUUGAGUCAUCCCAAGGUGGUCUCACUCACAAUGGAUCUCAGUCUGAAGAUGCUCUUCGUACUUCAGAAAAUGAGGAUGAUGAAGAUUCCACUUCGGAGGAAGACGAGGAUGAUAAAUUCGACGAUGACAAAGGAGAUGAUCAUCAUGACGAUGAAACUGAUGAUGAUGAUGAUGAUCUGGGUGGAGAUGGUGUUGGUGCUGGUCAGGAUGAGGCUCACACGGGCGAUGUUCGUAACGAUGAGGGUGUUGUUGUCCCCGCGGUUGUUUCGAGGGAUGAUGAUACCGGCAAGGUCGAUGAUGCCAAGAAUUCUGACCCUGUGGAACCUAUUGCAGAGAUCAAACAGGUGUAUUUCUUGUUUGGACAUCAUUUUUGUUUGUGCUUUUUUUUGUGUGUUUCUGUGUUUUGUGUUUGUUUUAAUAGUUUUUUACUGUUUUUUUUGUUAUCAGCCUGAACAGUCUCAAGGUGGGGAGGAGAACAUUGAUGUUGAUGCAACAAUUGCAUCUGCUGUUAAAGCUGUGGAGAAUUUGGUUUGUGUUUAUGUUUUUUUUUUAUAUAUUUGUAUUUAUUUGGUAUUCUAUUGUUGUUUUUAUGGUGUUUUUAUUGUACUGUUUGAAAUUUAAAAAUAAGUCUUUUUAUUUAUCCUUUCUCUUUUUUAGAUUGGUUCCUCAACUCAUGCCCCUGCUCCUGUUGAGACUUCUGAGAAGACUGAUCUUGAAAUGGUUGUUUUUCAAGAGACUCCUAUUUUACGU